AUGUCUGUCACACGCGACGUCAUUCGAAGCUUCGGCCGCUCCGCCAAGCCAACCUUGCUAGCUGAGCCCACAACCCCUGCAGCAGUCAGGGUGAGGCGCCAGGAUUUCAAGGCCGGCGACAGGUGGGCCUGGAACUUCGUGAAGCGCAACAACAAUCAGAGCACGAGACUUCAUGGCGAGGCUAGCAGCGUCAGCCGCAAGGCCAUCGAGGUGGGCAUGCAGGAAAUCAGGGCCGUCUACGCGAAGUACCCAGCUAGGCUCAUCUUCAACGUCGACGAGACAGGCAUCCAGUGGAAGCUUAUGCCCAUGCGAGCGUACCUUUCCACCUCGGAGAAUCGGAAGACGGCGCGGGGCUCAACGAGCAUGUACUUCAAGGAUUGCUUGUCUGCCAUCAUGUGCUGCAAUGCAGAUAGUACUGCAAAGGGGAUCAUCGCCAAGACCAACGUCAUCUUCAGGAAAGACCUGCUCGAUGUGAAGACAUACACCAUGUUGGUGGCUGAGACCCUUCGUGCCGAGGCCAAAGCCCGUAAGAUGAAGCGUGGGACAGCGGGGCUGGCACAAAGGCACCAACCUCACGUGCGUGACGCCGCCGAAUUUCUCCAGAAUGCCUGGGCCAGCGCCACCGCCCGGGACAUCGCCAAGUCAGCUACUUCCGCGCACGAGAGAGCCGUCCUCGAAUUCCAGGAGAAGAACGGCAAGUUGAAUACGCGGUUGCUGCUGGCUACGUCGGACGGCCCGGAUGGAUAUUCCAGCCCAGCUUCUCAGGCAGUACAGCAGUACGGACCUGUCGGGGAAGAGGAGUAUGGUGACGGACGAGCUGCGUUCGUAGCUGUAAACAAGAAAUACCGUGUCGAAGAUGUCCUUCGCAUGCGACAACUUCAUGACGAGUUUGCCUCCGUAGCGGUCACAGCAGCCGACAAGUUCGAUCCGGCACGUGCGGGCCAACAGUUGCGCCGCAUCUGUCACGAGCUCGGUAAGCUAGGCGAUAACGUCGUGGAGGCAAGACAGGCAAACGCUCUUUUACGAGCCCUCCCUGACAAGCAGUAUGGUUCACUCAAGACUGCGCUGCUAUGUGGGAAGCCAAAUCUCGAAGCGGAGGAUGCCAAAGAAAAGGCGCACACCACACAGGACUCCACCACGCAGGCAUGGUUCACGCGGGUGGAGGUGGCCUUCGAUGAGCUGGAAGAAUUCGCCAUCGCUUUCGGUGAUGACGCCCAGGAGUUGAAGGCGCCUGCUGCGGCGCUGCUAGAGGAGCGCGCUGUUGACGAGGACCCGGUUCAGGAUACGCCCGUGGCACGACCGGAUCGCCUCUUUAUCUACGACCCGCAGGCACUGCAGGUGCACAAUGCACCUGUGACGGCGCUGCCGGAUGGCCUCGUCGUCUGCGACCCGCAGGCACUGCAGGUGCCUGCUGCGGCGCUGCCCGAGGAGCGCGCUGCUGAUGAGGACCCGGUUCAGUAUACGCUCGUGGCACUGCCGGAUGGUUCCUUCAUCUGUGACCCGCAGGCACUGCAGGUGCCUACUGCGGUACCACCAGCGGAGGGUGUGGUUGGAGAUGUACCAGCGGAACGCCCGGCUGGAUCUGCGGAGCUGCCAGCGGAGGGUGCGGCUGGNUAUACGCUCGUGGCACUGCCGGAUGGUUCCUUCAUCUGUGACCCGCAGGCACUGCAGGUGCCUACUGCGGUACCACCAGCGGAGGGUGUGGUUGGAGAUGUACCAGCGGAACGCCCGGCUGGAUCUGCGGAGCUGCCAGCGGAGGGUGCGGCUGGAGAUGGACCAGCGGAGUGCCCGGCUGGAGAUCAGCAGGCCGAGGAUGCUACCAAGUUGGUAAGGUACAUCGGCGUGUUUCAGGUGAAAAAGGGGGGGUCGGAGGCUGUUGGGGAUACGAGUUACAAAGAUUCAGUGGCGUCGAGCCACAUGGUGGACGCUCAAUCUUGCAUGUCCAAACACGUUUUGAAUCCAGUGGACUGCGCCGUUCGUAUCAUAGGGUCGUGUGGCACGUCUAGCGCUACCAAGAAAGUUACCCUGAAGUUCGGGAUUCGCAAUGCUCACGACGAAGUGGUAAAAGUGGUGUUGGACGUUCUGCUGGUUCGAGGCCUACGAUCGAACAUCUUGUCGGUCGGAGCGUUGGCUGAAAAGAGGGUGAAGUGUGAUCUCAUGUCUACCCCUCCGGCGCUCCGCCGCGGCGACCAGGCUUUUCGCAUUUCAACCGCUGUGCCUCGAAUGUACGUGAUGAACGUCAUCGUCGACGACCUCAACCUGGACGAUGUAAACGUGUAUCACACCAAGGUUGACGCUCACCUGUGGCAUUGGAGGAUGGGCCACUGCAAUCCUCGUGUGCUGCAGCAGCUGGCUGACAAGGGUUCCACCGAGUUCAAGGGCAGGUUCUUGGAGCUGUUCAAGUCGGUUGGAAUUCCGGCCAAGAACAGCCCCCCCUACGUUCCGCAAGGGAAUGCCAUCGCGGAGCGUGGGUUUGGUUCUAUCAUCGGCACUAUGCGCAAGAUGCUCCUGGGGGCGCCGCACCUUCCCGGCGAGCUGUGGGCUGAGGCUUGUCGGACCGCCAUUUAUCUCAAGAAUCACACACCGACUGACGUCUUGGGCGAUAAGGCCCCACUCGAGGCUGUGGGACCCAUCGGAGCCUUUAAAAUCACCAACUCUGCCAAGGUAUCAUUCCGUGAGAAAGAAAUGCGUGACGUGGUCAAACCCAAGGUAGGGCACGACCCGUUUCCUGUGCCCGAUGUGUCUGUUUAUCAGCCUGGCGCGGUAGAAUCUAGCGAAAGCGAAGACGAAGACACAACCCCCACAGGGCCGCCGCCGGUGGCUCCGGGACCUCGUCGGAGCGACAAGACCUCCGCGGCGCCGCAGCGGCUGAGCCUGUUUACAACGGAGGAGGAUGCGUACGAGAGAAUUGACCCCGCCAUCUACGAUGAAGCGGUGGCGUGGUAG